AUGGCGCUGGCGAGAUUCAGCAAAAUUCUCCGUCUGCCCACUAUUGAGAGUAAAAAGAAAGUCAAACAGUACGAGCACGUCCACCGAGAUGUCAAUCCAAGCGACCACUGGGAUAUUGUGGGCGAACUCGGCGAUGGCGCGUUUGGAAAAGUCUUUAAGGCCUGCAAUAAGGAGACUGGCGUUUUGGCAGCAGCCAAAGUCAUCGAAACCAAAUGCGAGGAAGAGCUGGAGGACUACAUGGUUGAGAUUGAAAUCCUGGCCAAAUGCGACCAUCGAUAUAUUGUCAAACUGCUGGAUGCCUACUACUACAACAACCACCUCUGGAUCCUUAUCGAGUUCUGUCCAGGUGGAGCUGUGGAUGCCACAAUGCUAGAGUUGGAUCGAGGGCUGACUGAGCCCCAAAUAAAGGUGGUAUGCCGGCAGAUGCUGGAGGCGCUAGCUUACCUCCACAGCAUUAAGAUCAUCCACAGAGACCUGAAGGCCGGAAACAUCCUCCUCAUGCUGGAUGGGGACAUCAAACUAGCCGAUUUUGGUGUAUCAGCUAAAAACGCCAAAACCCUCCAAAGACGAGAUUCUUUCAUCGGAACGCCAUAUUGGAUGGCUCCAGAAGUAGUCAUGUGUGAAACCAUGAAGGACGCUCCGUACGACUACAAGGCCGACAUUUGGUCCCUUGGGAUUACAUUGAUCGAACUUGCCCAGAUUGAACCUCCUCACCAUGACCUUAACCCGAUGAGGGUGCUGCUGAAGAUCGCCAAAUCAGAGCCUCCCUCGCUAGAUCAUCCGAACAAAUGGUCACAAGAGUUUAAAGAUUUCCUGAGGAGAGCUUUGGAUAAGAACCCAGAGACCCGUCCGACUGCAGUACAGCUCUUGGGGCACCCUUUUGUAAGCUCCGUGACAACAAACCGCCCACUGAGGGAGCUGGUAGCUGAAGCCAAAGCUGAAGUCAUGGAUGAAAUCGAUGACAAUGGAGAGGAAGGCGAGGAGGACGAUGCCAUGGAACUAACUGUGACCAGCAUGACAAGCAUGGAAGGAGACCACUCUUCCGGUCCCUCAAGUCCCACAACAAACUCCCUGGUGUCACCGAAAUUUUCACAAGGGCCAGAACCAGUUUCGAUGACUGAGAAGCAGCCGGAAGCUGUCAUGGUCGCCCCUGUUCCCAUGCCUCGGCACAAUCUCCCUUCGAAGGAUCAAGUAGAUUUUGGAGAGAAGCUGGAGUCGGAGAAAUAUGAGAGCGGCGUGUCGAUAAAGACUUCCAGCUCGGACUCUGGCAUCGAGGAUGGAAAGAGCACUCCGACAUCUGAGGAAGAGAAGGUGGCUGCGGAUGCAGAACAGAUGCCAAUUAUUAUCCGCCAGGUCGUUCCAUCCGAGGAAAGUGUUGCCAGAAUUGAGUCGCCAGAGGUGCCCAAGAACCAGGUGUCUCCAGACCAGAGGACAGACAUACUGAAUACCCAAGCUGUGCCCAGCCCAGAGCAGUCUCCCGGACCGGGCAGCAUUCUAGACAAGUUGAAUGCUGAUCGAGCAUCAGUGGAAUACCCUCCUGAUAUGUCCUUGCCUUACAUAAGCAGACGGGUCAAUAGUAAGCGGUCUUCAAACUCAGGCAGCAUGGAGACAGAUAGCUUGAAGAGCCUGUCUUUAAAUAAGGAGAGCGUCUCAGUAUCUGCGAGGGACUACUCGCGGAAGACAUUAAAGCGAACCAGGAAGUUUGUGGUUGACGGCGUGGAGGUGAGCGUGACAACCUCCAAGAUCAUCCGGGAUGAUGAGAAGAAGGAUGAGGAGAUGAGAUUCCUCAGGCGCCAGGAACUACGCGAGCUGCGUUUGCUUCAAAAGGAGGAGCAGCGAGCUCUGGCUCAGCUCCAGGCCAAACUGGAAACGCAGAAAGAGCAAAUGCAAAAACGCUUCGACGUGGAAAUGCAUGCCAAGAAGAAGUUCUAUGAUGGGGAGAUGGAGAACCUGGAGAAGCAACAGAAGCAGACCAUUGAGAAGAUGGAGGUGGAUCACCAAAGUAAACUCAAAGACGAAAACAAACGCAUCAAAGCAGAGCAACAGCGCGAGCACCAGAAGUUCCUUGAUCACCAAAAACAUAAAAAAAAGGAGUUAAAACAUGCCAUCGACAAGCUACCAAGAAGUGAGCGUAAAGAACAAUCGAAGCAACGAAUGACUGCCUUUCAAGAAACUAAGCUAAAAGAGGAGGAACAGUUCCUGGCAGCUCAGAAGAACUAUCUAGACGCCACCAUCCAUCAAAUCACCGUCAACAACAGGAAUGACAUUGCCAACACGGAGCGGGAUUGUCUCGAAAAGAAGAACCAGCUAAUCCGAGAUCGAGAAUCUUCGAUAUGGGAAGUAGAGGAGAGGUUUCUGCAUGAGACACGCCAACUCCAAAAGCAACAGCUUAAAGAUCAAUAUUUCCUCCAAAGGCAUCUGCUCCUCAGAAAACAUGAAAAGGAGCUGGAACACAUGCAGCGCUACAAUCAGCGCAUGACCGAGAUAAUGAAAGCUCGGCAGCACAAUGAGAAGAGCCGCCUGCCAAAGAUUCAGCGAAGUGAAGCCAAAACCCGUUUGGCCAUGUUCAAGAAGAGCCUGCGCGUUAACUCCACAGGCAGCAACUCUGAGGACAAGGAGAGGAUCAAACAGUUUUCCCAGCAGGAAGAAAAGCGUCAAAAGAGCGAGAAGCAGCUCAUGCAGAAUAAGCACGAGAACCAGAUGAGGGAGAUGUACGGCGCGUGUGAGGAAAAUGUCCGAGAGCUGCAGCAGAUGCAGAAUGAAAAAUGCCACAUGCUGGUUGAAAAUGAAACACUGAGGCUCAAACAACUGGAUGAUCAACACAACCAGCUGCUGAAGGACUGGCGGGAGAAACUGAAACCCAGGAAGAUAGCACUUGAGGAGACACUGAGCAACAAGAGGAAGGACCAGGACGCGUUCUUCAAGAUCAACGAAUUGGGCGACUUCCCAAAUCCGGGGGGCUCCGUUGGCAAACUCUCCAAGUUUGUGCCCUAUCAGGAAUCUUCUACCACAUAA